AAACAAAAGCUUAUUAAAUCUCACUGAUCCUGAAAUUCCAUAUUAUAAAAAAAUAAAAAUAAUAUUAGAAGAGAAUCAAAAGGCAAAAAAAACUAAAGAAUUAAAUAAUGGCGUCGAAUCUGAACCCAAAGUACGCAUACACGGUGGUGUACGUGAGUGACGUGGCCAAAUCCGUCGCCUUCUACGCCAAAGCCUUCGGCUACCACGUCCGCCGCCUCGACGAUUCUCGCCGAUGGGGAGAGCUGGAGAGCGGACAGACGACGAUAGCUUUCACGCCGGCGAAGCAGCACGAGACCGAGGAUCUCACCGGAAAAGUUCAGAUCCCUCAUUCCGACCGCCACAGGAAUUCCGUCGAGGUCUGCUUCGAUUAUUCCGACGUCGAUGCUGCCUACAAGAGAGCGGUGGAGAAUGGGGCGGUGGGGGUGAGUGAGCCGGAGGACAAGGAGUGGGGCCAGAAAGUCGGGUACGUGCGAGAUAUUGACGGGAUCGUUGUCAGGAUGGGAAGCCACGUGCGGCAGCAGUAAAUGAACUCUACUAGUUAUUUAUUGUUAGAUCAUCAAGUAUUUAUGUAUUUAUUACAAUAAAAUUAGUAUUAUUAAUAAUAAAACGUGUUUUUUGUGGUAUAUAAUAUAUUACGACGUCGUGCUGAGAUUUAACUAGAGGUUUGAAAGUUUGGAAUGAAAAUUUCAAUUUUCGUCGGUUCCGAUGCAAAAAAAUAUCCGAUUCGCAACAACU